CUGGAGCCGCAGCUAACGCGAUGCUAACACGAUGCUAACACAAACGGGCUCUCGUCGCUGCCUCACAUGUUUGAUUUCACUUUGAUUUCACUUUGAUUUCACUUUUAUUGACUCAAACAGACUCCGGGAGCGAGCCCUGCCUCAAAGUCUCACCUAUUUUAAAACAUGCGGGUCCGACUGGUAUGGUUAGAUCAUCGUCUAAUGCUAACAUGAGCUAACCCGGCGUUGACUGUAUAUCAGAUUUGAAAUCCAGUUUCACCCCCGGUUGACCCCUAAAAUGUGGCUUUAUGUCGGUACAGCGCCUUUUUUAAAUAGAAAUCACUUGAUGAGAGAGAUUUAUUAGCCACCGUCUGACUUCAUCAGUCACAGUCUGUGCAUGUUGGACAGCUGCUGUGCAUCCUUCACCCCGUAUCUGUUAAUACAUCCACAACACGUCUCAUAAUUGGCGUUAUAAAUAACCUCCAGCUGGCCAUGCCACCUCGGAGUGGAUUCAGUUUUUUAAGGAUGCUGGGAUCCCAGCCGGCCUCGCUGUCACGUAUGCCGUCUCCUUCGUGGACAACAGAAUUCACAAGAACAUGCUGAUGGACCUCAGUAAAGACAUCAUGAUGGACCUCGGCAUUACAGUCAUAGGCGACAUCAUUGCCAUUCUUAAACAUGCCAAGCAGGUCUACAGGCAGGACAUGUGCAAAAUGGCCACCGAGGCCAUCUCCUCAGGACAGACCAGUGUUAAAGCUGAGCUCAGACGAACUGCCAAUACUCCUGCUACUCGUAUGAUUGCCAACGCUUUGAGCCAUGACUCCCCGCCGACCACUCCAGCCCGUCGACCUGACAACCGCCUGUCUGUCACAGUGUCCAACGUGCAGGCGAACAAGAGUGGCAAAGCAGUUGUAAGUCAGCCAGCUGAUGAGGGGAACGGUUUGCCAGCAGUGAAGCGCCGACGCGUGACAGCUGAGAUGGAAGGCAAGUACAUCAUCAACAUGCCCAAAGGCACCACGCCUCGUACACGCCGCAUCCUGGCCCAGCAGGCCAAGAAAGGUUUUAAACGCACCUCUGUGUUUGCAAGACUCGGGGCUGAAUCAAAGGCAGACACAACAACAAGCAAUAACAAGCCGACCGGUGUGUUCAGUCGUCUGGACAGAGGCAUGGAAGAGGCACACAGGCCGAGGCCAGCCAAAAUGUCUGCAAACAUGGAUGUGGACGACGAGGACGACAGUGAUGGAGAAGGAUCCGUCCUCCAAUAUGCCGGCGUCCUUAAGAAACCUCCUCCCUCCCAGAAGAAAGAGCCAGCCACAAAACCAGCUCCGACCACGCUGCGGCGCCUGGGAGGCAAAUUUAAACUACCUCCCCCUGACACUCCCACCUCCUCCUCCUCAUCAUCCUCUUCUUCCUCAAAUGGCCUCCCCCCUACCAAGAUUAGUGUACUUAAGAGACUGGGCAAGCUCCCUGCCACACACCAGGGCACGGCUGUGUCGAACACACCUGCUGACACACAGGACAACAGGGUGACCACCAGCACAAGGCCCAGAGCCCUGGACAGACUCACUAUAGCAAACCCCAAAGUCAGCAGCAGCACUGGGGCUGGAGGAGCAGGAGCAGGAGUAGGAGCAGGAGCAGGAGCAGGAGCAGGAGCAGGAGUAGGAGUAGGAGCAGGAGGAGAGUCUGGGGGUGCCCAGAUGGACGUUAGGGCUAUCAGUGUUUUUAAGAGACUGGGCAGUAAGAAAACCUAACACACACUGUAAAAUUAAAACUAUUAUUCAGACUCUUUCUACACAGUACGUCCUUCGUAGAGUUUGUAUCGCCACCUUUUUGCAUUUAUCCUGGCAACAUGCAGGACUGCAGACUAAAGCGUUUUUCUUUUGUUCAGCCCGAGUGUAUGGAUGAUUUUAAUGCUGCGUUGUUGCUUUAGGGAUACUCUUAGAUAAAAAUAGAUCUCUUUUUGUUUUUUUUUAACACUUAAGUCAUGCUGCCAUCGAAAGAAUCACCUUUUGUUUAGUGUUAAAGCUUUUAAAGUUGAGGACUCAAAGUUCUCUGGUAAUUAUGUUGCUCAAACCAGAAAGCUGUCUCAGACAUAUCUGCCAUUUAUCUUUUUUUUUUUUAAAUAUAUAUUUAACUAUAUUUGUAAGCUUAAGGCAUGAGCAUGACGUCAACCGGACUUCCCUUAUGGUGUUUUUUAAUUUUAUCAUGUAACUCCACAUACAAAGAUGCUGCUGUCUGAACUUCCCUCUCGAGAUGAAAAUGUUCCUCCAAAGUGAUCGUCGUCAAUUUUCCCUGAUUAUUUUAAAAGAAAUCUGAUAGAAAAUGUACAGAUAGAAGUUUGUUUCACACCUCAGGCAAUUUGAGUUUUAUUUAAUUCUUUAAAAAAAAAAAAGGACGAGCUAUGAGGCGAUGGUUAAAUCUUUUUAUUUGUAUGUUACCGUCUCAAAGUUACCUCCUCUGACAUGCUUUGAAAGUGGAAAAUGUGUACACGUGUUGACUGAAGGCUUCUUAUUUUCAGUGAGUGUAAAGUUUUAAAUGGUUACACAGAACGACCUCUUUGAACACUUGAAUUAAGAAAAAGCACCGCACCUCCUCCUCGUCUUCUUCUUCUGUGCUUUGUGGAUUGAAGUUCACACCUCUGAACUAAAGACGCCCACGUCAACUUUUCUACCACAGUACUGAACAUUUUCUAUGACCACCUACUUGAAGGCCGGAUCAGUAGAAUAUUGUUUAUUUUAAAAUGCAAUGUAUAGAUUUGUUAGACUUGUUUUCAGACGGCAGACGACCUGUUCUGCUGCAUAUUUUUAUAUGUGGACAUUCUUGUAUCGUGUAUCCGUGUUUAAAAAAACAAAAAAAAAACUCAGAUGCCAUCAAACCUGGUGUCAGGGGGGGACCACUGGAGGUCUCAGUAGGUUGUUCACCUUCACCCAGUAGGAUCAGUAACACUCGUCUUUAAGACUUCCCAUCAGAACUUUGUUACACUGUAAAUAUUUGAAAUGUUUGAAAUCACAUUUUUAUUGUUUUAAAGCGCAAAGGAGAGCAAACUACACCGUUAACUGUCAUGUUUUUUAAAGAUAUUGAGGGGGAAAAAAAUAUGAAUUUAAAGAAAGUGUGCUUGGAAAACAAUUAAAAGAGGAAAAGGG